GUUAAGCUAGAAACCCGUAACCGUAAGCUAUACGAAUCCUAAAAAAAUGGCCAGUACGACUAUGGCCAGGGGCAGAAAAAAUUCUGCCCACUCUGUCGUACCCAAAAGUAACCAUAUGGAUACGGAAAGUGAUGAACAAGAGUAUACAGCUCUCAGCCGCAAGCUGCAAAGUAAGGUAGAAGCACUGAAAAUAAUGCGCUACGAGCUCGAGAAAUGCCGGACGGAACGGGACCAGUUCAAACUGAUGGCCGAAACGAUCCAGCUUCGCUACUCGGCCAUCAAGAACAGUCUUAAUGCACCCGACUUUCAAGCGGCCGGAUUCGGCAACAGUUCCGCCGUUAGUCUGCUGGUUAAGCAAACGCGCGAACGGAACGAAUCACUUACGACCGAGGUAGAAUCGCUCAAGCAGCGCCUGUACGAUCUGGAGGGUGACAUUAAGGUGGUGAGGGCAAGAAACGUCGAGCUGCAGGACACCUGUACCAAGCUCAGGGCCACCAACGAAUCGCUGCUAACGACCAACGGUGACAAAACUUGGCAGGCAGAAAAAUCGCAACUUAUCGCACAGCUCGAACAACUACGGAAGCGUAACGCACAGCUGCAGUACGACUUUCGAUCUUUGCUGGACGAAAAGGAAGAAACCGUUACGGAGCGUGACGCUUACAAGUGUAAAGCACAUCGACUGAACCACGAACUGAACGUUGCGCUGAGAGGAGCCGGUGGAAGCUCGCAAACUCUGCUCGAUAUUGAUGGGUUGAUACUGGAGAACAAGUAUCAAGCGGAAAAAAUCGCUAACAUUGAAAACGAGCUAGGUCUCGCGCGACAAGCAGCUAGCAAAUAUAAGUCCAUGCUGGAAACGAACCGGAAGAAGGGCAUUAUUAAACUUGGCACUAACAACAAUAACAAAACGAUCAUGUCCCAUUCGCAAGUGAAACACCUGCUAGAGAAUGGAACCGUUGAUGAGUUACCGCUUAGAGCAGCCACAAUAUCCGAUCUGAAAUCACUCUGCCUAGCGCUGUUGGAUAAUGUGAACGACAAAAGUCUUGCACUCUCACACCAAAAAAAGACAAAUAAGUUACUGGCUACUAAAAUAGCCGAACUAGAGCGUCACAUCAAAAUGCUAGCCGGCAGUGACGAUCGGACGACCAUGGCGAGUCUAUCACCGUCUCAGUUUUUGUUAAACGGCUACAGUUCAGCUACCGUUGAUCAGGACCAAGAUGGUGAUAUCAUCGUACGGCAUCGAUCCGAAACAUCGGAACUCACCACGCUAGGCUCACCGAACGGACCACAGGAGGCUAACAGUUCCAGCGGUCCAUCGAACAGUGGUCAACGCACGGAACCGUUAUCGUCCAGUUCGAACAAAAGUUGCGUACUGAGUUGCUCCGAAGACGACGAGGAGGAUGACGAUGCUGGCCGGUGCACGGGCGAUAGUGCGACAACAAACACCUCCAAUACGGAAGAAUUGCAAGCAGCAAUUGCGCAACUGGUAGCGUCUGUCGAGCGUGAUCUUAGCACCGACGAACAGUUACCUCAACUGCCGGAAGAUAUUGCAGCCCUGAUCGAACAGUUCAAGGAAGCGGAUGGUGAAAAUGUGUCCUAA